CUCAGUAAGUAAAUAGCGGUGAUUUAAUUUUUGCUUUACGGAACAUUUUAUUUUGCGAUGUUUGGCUUUGAAGAUGAAGCCAAGGUUACACUAAUAAAGGAAGGUUUAUGCAAGCCUAAGCAAACAGUUACUCCCUGGUAUGACAGUGUAAUCUGGACUGAUGACGGCUGCGCCAAAAAUAUUACUGGGAGAGAUUUCGUUGGAUGGGUGAAGUUCUGGACCUUCUAUGCUAUAUUUCUGCUUAUUCUGUUAAUAAUUACGACCGGGAUGUUAAUAAUCAUCUUACAACUAAUAGUCAGCAACGACGAGCCUUAUCUCACUGGAUCCCAUAGCCCAUUGCAGUUAUCACCAGGCCUUGGCAUGCGACCACGAAUCGAUUUUCGGACUGCACUGAUUGCUUACGCUGCUUCUGAUCCCCAAACGUACAUGCCUUACGUACAGAAUAUUCGAACUUUCGUCUAUAUGUAUGAAGAGGUUAAUAUAAAGCCCCAGGAGGGGUUUGCAACCUGCGAGAAAAGUCUGAAGUCCCCGGACAACCCUGAUCUUGUAUGCAAGUAUUAUCCACAAGAAAUGGGUGACUGCGUGAAGGAGAACAAUUAUGGAUACGACCGAAGCCAACCUUGCGUAAUCCUGAAGAUUAACAAUAUCUACGGCUGGUUGCCCGAUAUAAUCAAUUCCUCUCUUUCCAACAAUCCGCUUGUUCGUUGCAGUGGCCAGAACUCUCAGGAUCUGGAAAACUUUGGAACCGUGCGUUAUUUCCCUAAUGUAACUAUCGGUGACGUGACUUAUGGAUAUUUCAGCAACCUCUACUAUCCGUACUUGGUUCAAGUUGCCUAUCGAUCUCCGUUAGUCGCUGUGCAAUUUGAAAGCCCCAAACGACAUGUACUUCUGAUGGUUCGUUGUCAACUACUGAACAUACGCAAUCCCGGUGAACCAGCGCAGUUCGAAUUACUAGUCGACUAACACAUACCCAUAUACGGUGACAUUAUGACCUCUGUGUUGAAUUACGCACAUGACCGGAGCUGACGGAAGGAAACUAGCAGAGGACUUUGGUUGGAAGCACAUUUACUUCCGAUCAACAUUUAAUGUCGUUUGCAAUUCUGCUUUCCACCACUGCGGUCAUGUUGUUUUGACAGUUUUUGUUUUCUGCAUCCAUUAUCCUGAUGAAUUACAGUACAUCAUCGCUGA